UCUUUUGUCAAAAGAAUGAACAAUCCCAAAUCGAUUUUUUCCUCUUUCGAACCCUAGUUUUAGAGAUAAACUCACCGAUUUCUGAUCUCUGCUCUGCCAAAGGAGAGGAUUAAAACAACGAAAGGAAAAUGAACUUGCUCUGAAGAAAAAGCUCAUGGCAGAGCUUUUCUAAGUAGCUAAAUUAGGUUUAAUGAACCAUGUCUAUUAACAUGUCUAAGUCUAAGUAUCUUCUGUGUAAUGAAUAAGUUGUUUGUGUUAUGUUCUUGUUUAAUAUCUAUUCUAAGUAUCUUCUGUGUAAUGAAUCAGUUGUGUUUUCUUUUUAAUGAAUCUGUUGUGAAAUAUGUGUAAUGAAUCAGUUGUGUUUUUUGUGUAAUGAAUCAGAUGUAUCUUCUGUUUAAUGAAUUAUACAAGUUUUAUGUAUAUUGAUCAAGUUGUGUAAUGAAUCUGUUGUGCUAUCUGAUAUGUGUUUGGAUAGUAUUGCAUUAGUUGUAUGAAUCAAAAUGAGAUCCGAGAAGGUGAUAAUUAUCUUGUGUAUUGAACUGUAUUGCUAAGUCAUUCUGUUUUGGUAAGUCACUCUGUAUUGCUAAGUCAUUAUAGCUUACUCAUUGUGUAUAGCCUAGUGAAUGUGAAUUGCUGGUUUAAUCUGGUUGGUUUCUGGAAUCAUGUCUGCUAGGUUUAAUCUUGUUGGUUUCUGAUCAUCUUCCUGUCUACUUGAUUUGAACUUUUUGGUUUCUGGAAUCAUGUCUGCUUGGUUUGAUCUUGUUGGUUUUCUGGUAAUCUUCCUGUUUACAAAUUCUUGAAAUCGGUUUUACAAAUGUGAUACCAGUGUUUCAUGUGAUGAUGUUUGUGAUACAAGGAUCUGAUCUAAUGUUUCUUGUCUCAAUUCAUAACUCUUAUCUGAUGUAUGAUGAUAUGUGUAUGAAUUGUAUGAAUGAAAAUGAGAUCCGAGAAGGUGAUAAGAUGUCUUCAUCAUACUUGGUAUAGACAUUUAUGUUUAAUGUUCAUAUCUUAUUUCUUACUUCUGUAUGAUUGUUUUCAGGUGAAGCAAUCAAUGGGGCAAGAUUAUUCUUACUCUUGGGAUUCAUCAGACGAGCAAAGUCACCACAACACAGAGGACACUGUAGAAAUGGAGACUGAAGCAUACAUCUUGAUGGAUGAAGGUCAUAGUGCAUAUAACAUGGUGGAUAGAACUGAACCAGAGAUUGAGGUUGGCUUCCCCAACCUCUAUUAUUGUGGUGGGCAACCUCUAUUGAAGACAUCUUACACCCGAAAUGAUCCGGGGAGAAAGCAUGUGUACUUCACUUGCGAGAAUGUUGGUGAUGGAGAUAUGCAUCUGCACAAGUGGUGGAAUGUGGCUGUGAUGGAAGAGAUGACUGAAAGGGCCAGAGUUGUAGCAGUGGACCUUAAAGAGAUGAGAGAACAAGAGAGUAAAAGUGAGGAGAAUGUUGUUAAGCUUCAGAAGCUAGUAGAGAAGUUGGGAGAUGAGUUGCAGAGGAGUAGAGUAACAUUAAGAAUGGUUCUUGGUGUCAGCUUUUGUGUUUUGGCCCUUUUGAUUUCAAUAGUUGGUUUAAGUAGGAUGUGAAUUGUAUUAUGGCAAAGACUUUUGAGACUUGUUUGAUGCUCCCUUGUACUAUAGAUGGUAAGAACAGUCUUGUUGCAAUGAAUC